UAAUGUAUAUCAAUUUGUAUUAAAAAAACUGAUAAAUAUUGUCUCGUAAAGUAUUAUGAUACGAAUGCCGUCAUAUGUAAAAUAAUAGAAGCAACAAGUUUCAAAAACCGAAACAUUGUUUGCCAGGAAUUUUUUUGACUUGUCUGUUCCUGAAUAGUCGAGUCACAUGCCUCAAACGUGCCUAAAUCGCUUUCUAAACUUGAACGCAGCAUCUCUUAAUCCAAAUGUUAUGUCACUUUAUGUAUAUUUGUUUUGUUUUCCGUUGAAAAUAUUAUGGAUAUGAGAUGGCCUGGCACCGGGUUCAGCGAAUGGGAUGCGAUAACUUUUGUAAACUUUUACAAAGACGAAUGUAUACGUUGAUCUCAUCGAAACACGGGUUUCUCUUAUGCUUUGGUACGCUGUUGCUCGUCUUUAUUUCUGCCUUGCAGUUUGGAGAAGCAGCUUUUGAAUGGAGUGUGAUACGAUAUAAGAAUAUUUUAUUCCCCUAUGCAGACAAUAUUUUGCAUAAAUCAUUUCAAGGUAGAUUGUGUCUUCCAAUGCCAAUUGACAUUGUGUAUACCUGGGUUAAUGGAACAGAUCCAUUGUUACUGAAUCAACUCAAUCGACUAAAGACAGAAUUGGAGCAUAGGUUUAAUGAUAGCGUACCAUCAGCUGAAAAUACUAUGGACAAAAUGAAAUCAACCCAUGGUAAUGGUGGUGUUAAAGAUAAUCCAGAAAUAUGCCCUUAUAAGGACUGCAUUGCACUUAAUACUUUGGUAUUACAAGUCCAUUCCCUCAUCAAGGUUUCUGAGUUGAAAAAAGUUGAUGAAAUAUUUGAAAAGGCAUUGAACAUUUAUAAUAUUAGCCUAAAAUCAAACCGUAAAGCAGAUUCAAAACAAACCAGACUAAUUGUUGUAAAAUUCUCUAAUAAGGAGACUCUAAAUCGUGCAGUGGAUCGGUCAUUCAAGAUAAAAAGUGAAAAUGUUGUAUCCCAGCAAGCAUAUUUCACUAGUCAAGCCACAGAGUUAGGUGUACGUAUGCGUGCCAUGGCAAUGGUCAUUGCUAUAAACAGACCUAGUGACAAUGGUAUUUUGUUAAAACAAUUUCUACAUGAACAUUUUUCAAAUAAAUUGAUCACAUUGGAGUUCUAUGAGAAGGAGAAUGUGGGUGUGUUGACCUUCAGAGAUGAUCAGAGUUAUGAAGAAGCUUUGAAAAUUAAGAGAGGUGAUCUAAGAUUUCAAGGGUAUGCCCUUGUUUUUGAACCAGUUAUCAUGGUGUGGGAACCAUUUUCAUUUGCAGAUGCAAAGCAAGAAGAUAACCAUUUCUCUGCUAGUAGGUUUGCAGACAACCAGGAGCUGAGAUAUUCAUUAAGAUCUGUUGAAAAAUUUGCUCCUUGGGUGCGACAGAUAUUUAUUGUUACAAAUGGUCAGAUUCCUAGCUGGCUAAAUUUAAACAACCCUAGAAUCAAAAUUGUAACUCAUCGUGAGAUAUUCUCCAAUCAGAGUCAUUUACCAACAUUCAGCUCACCUGCAAUUGAAUCACAUCUUCACAAAAUUCCAGGUUUAUCGAAAAAAUUUAUAUACCUUAAUGAUGAUGUUAUGUUUGGUGCCGAAGUAUGGCCUGAUGAUUUUUACACACAUUCCAAAGGACAAAAGAUUUUUCUCUCAUGGCCAGUGCCUAAUUGUAAUGAAGGUUGUCCAGCAACAUGGAUCAAUGACAAAUACUGUGACAAAGCAUGCAAUGUAUCCGAGUGUGAUUGGGAUGGGGGAGAUUGUCUUAAGGCCAAUGCACAGCCGCCAAGUACUCAAUGGCGAAAUGUUUGGGCUAAUGUGAAAAGAGCCAGACCUCGUGAAUUCUGCAGUCCUGGCUGUGCAGACUCCUGGAUUGGUGAUCGUUAUUGUGAUGGUGCUUGCAACAAUCCAAGUUGUGGGUUUGAUGGUGGUGACUGUGGUACCUCUCAAUUUUCCGCAUUACAUGGAAUAACAUUACGUGAAGAUGAUGAUGAAUUUCAUCUACCCAAUGGACUAAGAGCCAUGUAUUUCAAUCUGUCUGAGGUUUAUGGUGAAGGAAAGAUAAUUGAGGGAGAACAAGAUGGGUCAUAUAUUGUACGUUCAAUUACAAUUGCACAGAAAUUCAUGUCCAUGAUUGUCACAUUUCAUCUCAACGAAUCCCUGACAUCUGUAGGAAUCCGCUUGGCUGGAUAUAAGACGAUGAACAGUUCGGCGGUGACUGAACUAAAGUUUAAUUUUACAGUUAAUACAAUGUUCGAUGAAGAACUAGAAAUGAUGGAAAAUGUUAAACAUGUCGAUACUGUGAAAACUGAAGAUGUGCCGCUAAAAUCAGCAUGGAAAAUUCCUACAAGAAUUUAUCCAAUAAGAAUUCAUACUAAUGAUAGUGAUCAUUUUAAUUAUUGGAAUGACCCCCACACAAGGUUUUCUCCACCGACAUGGCCUACUUUGAAUUCUUUAGAGUAUUUCGUUCCCGAUAUUCCUGACGGUUGCAAACUUCCUGCGAAUGUUAUGAAGGAUUUGGAAGAUCUCGAAGAAGAGUUGAAGAUCGGUGACAUAACGAAAAAGGGUUAUAACCGAAGAAAAGCACGAUUGAUAAAAGAGAAUUUACGAUUAAGUUGCGACCAAACAGCUCCAACUACCGUCCAAAGUCAAAUGAAAAUGAGAUCUUAUAUGAAAGCAAUGACAAAACCGCUGAGUGAAGAAAGCAAAGAAAGAACGACUCCUACUUUGCUGGACACUACGAAAUUCUCCUCCCAAAGACGUCUUCUCAACCAGUUUGACGAAACAAGAAUCGAGAAUAAAGGUUUUCUUCCGUGGGAGAAACAACAGACUUUCAAACAACUACAAGAUAGGCAAAUGGUCCAGGAAAGAUAUAGAACGACAAUAUUUCAUGGUAGAAGUUUAUUGGAUGCCUUCUCGAGCUCACUGCUUCAUGUAAAUCGUAUCUAUAACAGAGCGUUUGGUUACAAAGCAAGAAAAGUACCGUCGCACAUGCCUCAUAUGAUUGAUGUGAACAUCAUGACAGAAUUACAGGCGUUUUUUCCAAAGGAAUUUGAUAAAACAUCUUCGCAUAAACUACGAAGUCCUCGUGACAUGCAGUUCGCGUUAUCUUACUUUUAUUACGUCAUUGAUCAGACUCAAGGAUUCAAUGUUUCAAGGAUGUUUCGUGAAGUUGACGUAGAUCAAUCUGGUACAUUAUCCGACCGCGAAUUACGAACACUUAUGACCAAGUUAAACGACGUACCUUUGAAUGCAGAUAAAGUUGAAGCUUUUCUUAGGCAACUGCGGAACUGUUCUGGAAAUGACGAGUAUACUACGGUUGAAACCGAAUUUCAUUCGGAGCGCCAAUAUGGUUACAAAGUUCCUAGGAUUACGGAAAGGUUUCUAAUGGAUUGCAACAUCAUCUUCAAACAACUAAACAACACAAAUGAAAAAGAAAAUAAAUUUAAACAUGAGAUCGUAGGUGAUAACGAUAUUGCUUUUAAAAUGAUCAAAAAUAACAUUACUCAUGUUUCUUUACAACUGGACGGCAUUCGUAGACGUCCACUAAAGUUUAUAUGUCUCAACGAUAACAUCGAUCAUGAUCAUGUUAACGCUUCUCUUAUUAAAGAAAUGCUCGUCGAUUUUUAUGAAACAAUGUUUCCUGUGCCCUCGCAGUUUGAGUUGCCGGACAGUGUGAUGAACGAAUUCCUCCAUGUGGACGAUUUAAAUUCGUGGAAAAACGAGAGAGCAAAGCUGAGUUUCUUAUCUGAUCGUAUCUUGGUAUUGUUGCUACUGGUUGUCAUGUUAUACAUCUGUUGGUCUCCUGUGUUGUACAUGUUACGACGAAUAGAGAUUUUUAUAAAGAGACGUUUUCGUACUGCUAGAGCCACAAAUACAAAAUCGACAAGAUUAUUAACCGUUUAAAUUGAAGGACAAUGAACAUACAUAGGCUGUAGAAUAAUGAAAAUAUUUAAAUUUACAAUGAAAACAGGUUAUUCAAAAUUUUUUCUUCAAGUAUUUUGUUAACUCAUAAAUUAAAAACUACGUUUGUCUCUCUAUUUUAAGUACAUGAACUAUUUAAUAGUAAAAUAAUUUUUUUCAAUCAAAAA